AUUAGUGACGUUUUUUUGUUUGUUGCCGGUUAUUAUUGCGCAUGGUUUUGAUGCAAAUGGUUCCAAUUGCCCACCUGAGGAUGCAAUAAAACCAUGCACAUGCCAUUCCAUAAGCCGAGAAAUCUCAUGUUCUGGACUUCUUAACUCUGAUGACUUAAGAAAGGUGUUUAAGAAUUUGGCUGGGGGUAACUACAUAGAAUUGGUGAUUGAUUCAUCCACUAUGCAAUAUAUUCCACAUGACAUAUUUGAAAAUGUAAAACUGCGGAUGAUAACCGUGAAAAAUUCUACGCUUGUGGAUUUGUUUAAUGCUCCACCAACUUCUCCGUCCUUGAUAAUAAGAUUACACAUUGUGAAUUCAAAACUUAUGAGAACCAGUUGGAAUCACUUAACAACACUUAUCCAUCUAUACGACUUACAAAUUAUUGAUACUAGAAUUCGAGUUUUGGAUGAAACCUUUGGCAGGAGUUUACCAACUGGUAUGAAAAUAUAUCAGUUUACGUGGAACCGAAACAAGAACAAUCAAAGCAGGUGCAUUCCAUGGUCUUAACAAUAUAUAUUCAAUUGGUGUCAGAAAUGCCGAAUUGACCAGUUUAAGAAGAGAUAUAUUUCCCGUUCCGUUUUUUGGCGAAAGAUUAUUUUUCAC